UUUACAGGAGGGUUUUCCAAAAAUGCCGCAACAGGAUUUUUGAGUUGUGCUAGUAGUCUUAGAAGUCUAAUCGUAAAAUAAUCUUAUCUCAGGGAUUUGUGGUGUGAUUUUUAUUUUUAUUUUUACACUUCAUGUUCAUGACUUAAAUACUGCAUGAAAUGGUUAUUGAUCCACAUUUUUCUUUGCUUUCUACAAUCAAUUAACAUGCUCAAUGGGAUUUCCUGACCAUACUUUAUAUUUUUAGUCAAAUUAUUUUCGUCAAGUUAUCAAUUGUUAUAGUGCAAAAAAUGUUUACUACAUCUUCAACUAAUUCUGAUACAACAACACCACCCUCUUCGGUGAAAUUAUUAUCUAUUGACGAACAUGCUCAAACAAUACAAUUUAAUACUAGUCAAGAUACUAAUAAUCUUACAAGUGAUUCUUUGUGUAUCGAUUCAUCUGAACGUGGAACUCAGGAACUUUUAAAUAGCAUACAUCAUAACAGUCCAAUUAGCAAUAACAAUAAUAGUAAUUGCAUACUAAAUUUAAACAGUAAGGCUACCUCAUUUCCUUCAAGUAUAACAGACCUUUCAUUAUUAUCAUCAUCAUCGUCCCUUUUUCAUUGUGAAAAUUGUCCUAUAUGUGGAGACAAGGUAUCUGGUUAUCACUAUGGCCUUCCUACAUGUGAAUCUUGUAAAGGAUUUUUCAAACGUACUGUGCAAAACAAGAAAGAAUAUCAUUGUAAUGAACAAGGAAAUUGUGUUGUUGAUAGAUUACAUAGGAAAAGAUGUGCUUAUUGCCGAUUUCAGAAGUGCUUAAUUGUUGGUAUGCGGGUAGAAGCUGUUCGUGAAGAUAGAAUGAGAGGUGGACGUAGUCGACGUGGACGUUCAUCCUACUGUGUUGUAACAACACCGAAUUCCAGCAAUAGUAAUAAUAACAAUAAUGAUUCUAAAAUGGAUAAUAUAAAAUGUUUACUUUCAUCUAACUCUGUGAUGUAUUCAAAAUCUGUUGACAGUGAGCUAUACAGUAGUAUUACUCCUCCUCCACUUUCUCAUACUUCUACUAUCCAUGUUAACAAUAUUCAUCCUUCGAACAGUGGCAUUGACACUUCCAAUAAUAUUACAACAUCAGUUCCAUAUGAUAAAGACUACUGUAACAGACGAUCACCAAUAAUUGUCCCACCAUUAUGCACAGUGAGUAAAACGAUAUGUGAAGCAAACUUGGUCCCAAGUUCUUUAUCCUUAACGAAUUCAGUUCCACAAGUUACAACAACAUGUACUACAACAGUGACAGUAUCACCAAGUCAUUCAUCUUUGUUGUAUGAAUCUAACCUAUUUAACCCAAAAUAUUCUCAAAAUAUAUUUAAUCUGAAACCUGUAUCGUCAGUUGAAGAAAUGAGCACUGAGAAUGAUCAUUUAUCAACAUCAUCGUCAUCAUCAUCAUCAUCAAUAUCAAAGCAUUCGAAUUGUCAAAAUGAUUCUAGAACUAAUUCAUACAAUAUUUCAUCGGUUAACUCUUGUUCUUCUUCAAGUCCAAUUUAUCAUCAAACAUCACUUAAGCCUAUUGAUCAUUCAAAUAUCGAUAUGUCCGGCAGUAGUUCUACUGUUAUUUGUAGUUUAACAACAACUCCUGUCAUCAUCACUGAUUCUGUGAAUUCAGUUUCAAUUAAAUCUUCUGUUAAUAAUACUACCAAUUCUAUUAUGAAUAUUACUUCUUCAUCCACCGGCAUAUCUACGGAUACAUACACAAGUAUGGUUAAUCUACCUUUCAAUGAUUCUUUGGUUUGUCGAAGUCAUUCUCAUUUACCUACAUGUACCAUGAAUUCUUCAGGCUUCAUUGAUUUAACCCAGAAACUUCCCGGUACUACUACUACUAUUACUACUGCUACCACCACCACGAAUACUACAACAACAGAAACAUUGAAGUCAAUGAGUUUAUCAUCUUCAUCAGCAUCAUUGUUAUCAUGUUCUACUGGGAUGCGUUCUUCUAAUCCAGAUUUUGUUGAUUUGUCAAAUUCAGAUCCGAAACGUUUACGUUUAUGCUUUACAGACAUAAAUAGUACUAUUUUUGCGACUGCUGCUAAUUCCACCACUACUACUACUACUACUAUUACUCCCACUACUGCACAUGUUGACAUCAGUGUAUGUAAUGAAACAAGGGAGCUGAAUAAUUAUCAACAAUUUCCGUCUUAUCUGUUAAAUGAUUCUUAUGAUCAAUGUUCACACUAUCAAGUUAAUAAUAACAGUAAUAAUAGUCGAAUCCAAUCACAUGUUAAAAUCUCUUCUCCAUUAAUAUCGAUUCCAUCAUUAACAAAAGGUGUAUCUUCAACAUCAUCUACAAGUGUUUGGUAUCCAUCAUGCCUUGGAAUUGUAAAUUCUUCUGAACCAUCUUUUGUCCCAACAUCAUCGGAACUACAUGACUCGUCCGUAAUGAAUGAAUGUUCUAGUUAUCUUCAAAUUAUGGACGCAAAUUAUCAUCCGUUAUUAAAAGAUACUCCCCGAUCGACGUCAGUUUAUUUAAAUCCUAAUCUUCCUACUUCGUCCUCAUCAGUUAUGCAUCCUUCAAAUCUUGUACUACAAAAUGUCCAUGAUAGUCCUAGUCAUGGUGAUAGUUCUUGCAAUAGCAACACAUCUAUUGUUUCUACUCCUGUUCCUGCAACUGUAAAUACUACUCCUGUCAUUAACAACAACAGUGAUAGUGCUUCACAAUUGUCGUUACAUACCGAUAAUCCUAGUCAAUCUAUUCCACCGUUUUGUCAUAAUUCUCAACAAAAUUCUAAAUUACAUUUAGUUUAUAAUCAACCACAUUCUAGUUUUGGUAGUCCAGUUGUUUGUAGUUUAUCUGAAUCAUCUAGCUUGAAUUUAUGUGGAAAUAUGCUCAAUACUACUACUAAAUCUACAAGUAACCCUAGUAAUUCAUGUUUACCUUUUAACUUCGAUAAAAACAAUUCAUCUUUUCUCAAUGAUAAUGGUAUUAAUAAUCAUUUGUAUUCACUAACCUCUUCUAUCCAUGAUAGCCAGUAUCAUCAAAACAUACGACAACAAAUAAAAGCUCCACUUAUUGUGCCUCCUUCACUUCUUCCUUCUCUCCCUUCUCUUUCUAACCAUCCUUAUCCCCAAUUGACCAAUGAACAUUUGAUGAAUACUACCACAUCACAUACACAAAUGAUGAUGAAUUCCACCUCAAUCAAUCAAUCAAAUCCCACGGAUUUUAUCGAGACUGAAUCAAUAAAAACAGAGCGUGGUGAAUCAGAAGGUGGAGGAUCAAGUGAAUCUGAAGUAUCUGGUGAUUAUGGCGGUGUCAGAACUAGUGAUAAUUUAAGAAGUGCUAACAAUCACAACAGUAAUAAUAAUACCUAUUCUACUGCUAGCAAUACGAACAAUGGAAGCUUUGAAUUGAUCAAUAAUGAAUUAUUAACAAAUAAAAAAUAUGAUUGUAACAUUGAUGAGAUUCCAGAUGAUGAUUAUCUGACAGGUGAUGAUACUGAUGGGGACGAUUGUACAGAUAGUACUGUUGAUGAUGAAGAAGAUACUGAUUACGAUGAGGUGGACGAGUAUGAUGAUGAUGAUACGGAAAAUGAUAUUGAUGAUCCUGAUAGGGAUUUUGAUGAUGAAGAUAGAGAGGAUGAUGAACUCAGUGGUGGUGGUUGUGGUGUUACUAGUAUAGGAGGAGCAGGUGGAAGAGAUAUCCUUGAGAUAUCUGAAGGUACUGGUCAUUCUAGUUUUACUUGUUCCACGUCAUCUUACCAUAAAUCAGAAUAUGAAAGUGAAUCAAAUCAUACUGGUGCUACUACUUCUCAUCUUAAUACUACUAUUUCUUCUACUACCACUAAUACUACUAAUAAUAAUGCAAAUAAAGUUACUAACUAUGGUAACGAUAAUGAGAUUUUAUUUAAAAAUAAUCCUACUACCCAUGCAAAUGGCUUUAGAUUUGGACAGAUAUUUACAACAUCGGUAGAACAUGAUUACAAAGUUGUGGAAGUUGUUCAAAAAUUUAUCCCUAAAUUAAAACGCAGUCUCUUUGAAUUAUGCUCAUUUUUAAAAUCCGAAAAUCUCGAACUGACGAAUAGCAGUACUACCACAAUACCAUCAUCCUCUUCCUCUACGUCAUUAUCACGAAACGAAAUAAUCAAUGAACGCAUCAAUACGGAGCCUGUGUUAAUGUUUAGAGAAUCGUCUGUAGGAAAUUUUUCAAAUCCCAUCUUGCCAUUGUCACCAUCAUCACUUGUACAUGAAUCACAGCCGCAUAAUAAUGAUAUUGGUUCUCAGGUAAAAUCAGUUAGUCAUUUUGACUCGGCUGAAUCCAGUAUGCCAAUCUUUAAAAAUAAUAAAGCAAAUUGUUUUCCAACACUUGGUACUUCUUCUCCUUCAACUGCUCAAAUAAAUGAAAAUAGUACUACAAUUAUUAAUCUCUAUUUAGACGAUUUAUUGUCUUCCUUAUGUUCAUUAUUAGAAACGUGUUUAUUUUAUUUGGUGGAUUGGAUGGCUCAAAUUGAAUCGUUUAAAGUAUUACCGGUUGAAGAUAAAAUGCAAUUGUUGAAUAGUAGUUGGAGUGAAAUUAUCCUACUAGAGUUUAUUCAUUUUUAUGUAACACAUUUAAAUAAUGCUAAACGAACAAAUACAAUAUUAACUGAUUCUAAAAGACGUUGUAAAAAUGCCAUGGAUCCAUUGAAUGUUUGCUCAUCGUUAUUUCCAAUUAAUACAAAUUCUAUUAAUUGUAAUGAAAAUAACCCAUUAACUGCUACCACUACUACUAAUAUCACAGCGACAGCACCAACAACAUCAUCUUCGUUACUGUCUCAUUCUUCUGUAUCUAUGGAAAUAUGUGAUCUUAUUGAAAAUCUAUUGAAUAAUCUUCUAGGUGGUGUCGAUAACUGUGGUGGUGGUCAAUCAGACUUAAAACAUAAAUUGAAUGAUUUGUUGACAAUAUUUCAAAAACUUCAGUUGGAUAAUAAAGAAUUUACUUGUUUGAAAUUUAUUGUUUUGUUUAAUCCUUUAAAGCAUGAUACCUUUCUAACAUCAAACUUAAGUUAUGCCUUGAAAAUUCAGGGAAAAUUUUGUCAUUUCUUAUUGAAACGUUCACGAAGAUUUCUACGUUUAAUAAAUGAAUCCAGUGAAUCUCAAAAACUAGAUCAUGAAUCACCAAAUGAAUUGAAUACUCUUCUUCUACCAGACAGAUAUGGUCAAAUUUUGUUAGAAUUAGCAGAAGUUAAAUUUCUUGCUUUCCAGUUAGAAAGUUUUUUACUAAUGCGAUAUAGACUUGGUAAAAUACCAAAUGAAAGUUUAUUAAGUGAAAUGUUGUUAACAAAACGUAGUCGAGUAUCACUUCCUGUACAACCAUCUUAUUGUAAUCUGAUGACAUCAUCAAUGAAAUCACCACCAUCAAUAACAUCAUCUUAUGUAAUACCAACAUGUCAGUUUGCAUAUACCAAUGUUAACUCAAAAGUCAUUCCCAUACCAUCAUUAUCUACGGAUGCUGAUUAUCGAUCAAAUGAUGAAGUGAUAAAACAUAAUCAAGCUUCUUCAUUAUGUACAAAUAAUCUGAAUAAUGGUACUACAAUGAUGGUAAAUGCUACAGGAAGCUUAUCUACUACACCAUUUACUUCUCCUAUUCCUUCAACUUUCCCACUUACUUCUCUUCAUUCGCCCACUUCUAUUCCUCAAUUCAGCAAUAGAAAUAACAAUUGUAAUAAUAAUGACGCAUCAUUAUUGAAAAACAUUGAUUCACAGUUGUCUUGUACAGCAUUUCUUAAUUCUUAUACUAAUUCUCCGUUAUAUACUCCAACUACUACAAAUCAACUGGUUUAUAAUCAUUGUUUUAUUAACAAUGAUGACCAUGUUAUUACUGCAAAUAAUAUUAACAGAUUUAAUGAACAACUACACGAGUCCUUAUCAACAGUGACAACAAUGCCGGCGACAACAACAACAACACUCGUAAAUCAUGCAUCAAUAUUGUCAUGAAAAGCAUUUAUUCUUUUUUUCUACUUCUCCUUGCUUGUCUAUUUGUUGCUUUAUUUGUAAUCUUAUAUUCUUGUCUAUUUGGGAAGGGAAAGAGAACUUCAAGUAAGGCAGGAAGGACUGUUAUCGUCUUUCCAUCUGACAUCAUGUUAACUCCACUUACAUAACUUGUGUUUGAAGAAUUCUAUUUUCAAUGUUUCUAAUCUGAAUAGAAAUAGAUCUAUAGUUUCUCUUUAACAUGUAUAUGUUAGUGUGUACUCUGUGUACAGAUGAACAAAGAAAAUGAAAACUUGAAGAAAUUUGAAUUUCAUGAUGGUGAUGAUUAUGACAAGUGAGAUUGAAAUUGAAAAACCACAAUAAUACUGCAUUAUUGUUGCUUUCUUUGUUGUUAUAAUACUUUCUGUAACCAGCUGUGUUUAUAUUGUAUUCGUAUGUACUAGGCUGUGAAUUAAAUAUUUUACACAUUUACCUCCAAUAAUAGGAUUAUUAUUUGGUAUCUACGACUAUACAAGUAGGAAGCGAUACAUUUAAUUACUUUACCACUAUUGCACAGACAUACAGAGAUAAAUACAAUCAAAAAUACUAAUCUACCUCAUAUUCCCAUCUGCAAAGAAAGACUCAACUUAGAUCCUUCAUCCCCUUCACCGUAUAAUAUUUCGUCAACUUAAAGAUAAACAGUGUGUAUUUCACUUAUCUAUACAUAUAUUCACUAAUAGGCACAUAUCUGCUCAUUACGCACAUACAUGCAGUUGCUGUCAGGCCUAGUAUUUUCUCAUUCAACACAAAUAAACGUAGAUCAGUGUAUGAGUGCAUUUCAACAGGAGUAUUUUUUGAGUAUUUUUCCCUCUUCUUCUUCUUCUUUCUGUCUUCCGAAUUAUUCUUCCUAUUUUAAGCCUUUUUACAACUGAGCUCAGGUUCAUUUAGUUUUUUUGCCCUUUUUUGUAGAAUAAAUUACACUAAACAACAAUACCAAUGAAAUGAGAACAUUUUCCAUAUGUAUGGAAAGGUUAUUAUUGUUCCUGUCACCGUUAUUGUUGCAUUUAGAAUCAAAUUAUGCGUGUGUAUGCGAUUUCUCCCUAAUUUUGUGCUACUCUCAUUUCAUUUUAGUCUUCUAAUUUUCGUUUAAUAUAUCGUAUGUUGUGUUUAUAUUCAUUCAAGUGUUAAUAGUGUAUAUGUGUUGAUAUUGAUCUAAUAUAUAUAUUUUGGUACUCAUCUUUUGUCAUCAUCACCAUCAUUGUUGUUGUUGUUAUCUCGCUGAGACAAAAAAAACAUCGCUUCAGUUCCUCCUCCAACAUUAUCUUUCCAACUUCCCUACUCGUCUACUUAUUAUUUCCAUCUUUUUUCAUUCUUCUUUUAUAUGAGAAACUGUACAAGACAAUCAUUAUCAACCAUCAGGAUUUUUGUUUUUUUCAUCGAGGAAACCAAACAUUUUCAUAAUACUUUUGUCAAGUGUUAUCUUGUCUGUAAUCGAUUAAAGAAAUAAAUCAACUUGUAAGAUGUAGUGAAUAAUGUUUUUUGUGAAGAGUUUCAUUAGUAGUUUUUUUCAAUCAUACUAUUUUGAUUAUGUACAGAGGUAUUUCAUCUUUAUUUUCUUUUGAUCUGUCUACAAUUAAUUUUUAAAUAGAUGAAUAUAAUAAUUGUAUGUCUAUGAUGUAUUGCCUUUAUCACUUUCCUACCGGCUGCCAAUCUCACGUCAUUUCUACUUUUCUUCCGUUAAUCUACCUCGAAUAUUUAUAUAUUCUAAUGUAAUUAUACCGUUAGUAUGUAGAUAUUUUUUAGCUGUACUCCUUUUUUUAUAAACAUAUAUAUUAGUUAUAGAAAAUUUACCAAGAAAUGCUCAUUCUUCGGCUAGCAUCAACUAUCAUCAGUCUUUUCUGUAGACAGAUCGUCGCUCAAUUUUUCUUAUUUAUACAUUGUAUUUAGCCAGUUAAUCAAUCUAGGACAGGAUUUUUCUCCUCUUUAUCCCAAUGUCUUCUCUUCUGUUUUUGUGUGUUUAAGAUAUUUUGCUUUUUUCACAUACCUCUACACAGUGUACACUAUGUGUAAAUAUAUUGCGUAGUUUUGUGUACAAAUUAUUUUCUUUGUUUGUGCGUGUAUAUCUUGGGUGCAUUUUUUGAAACAGGCUAAUAAGUAUAUAUAUAUUCAUGUUCACACUCAGGAGUAAUCAAGUCUACCUCGGAAUUUUGUCGGUAUUAUGCAACAGGUUUCUGGUAGUAAUAAUGUUAAUAAUAGGUGAGAAGAACAGAAAUUCUAGUCUUGUUAAUCUUUUGUUUGUCCGACUAUUUAUUUUUCCCUUCAUUUCACACACACACACCUUUCUUCACUUUGUUCAUCUCACGACAUAAGAGUAAAAGGUCAUGUAUUAAAGAAAAUCAUUGAAAACUGUUUAUUUUACUCAGUUAAAAUAUUUCAACUUUUGUUUAAUUAGUACGUAACUGAAAUGUUGACAAACACUACAAUUAGAAUUACCACCUAAAGGACUAAUUGUACGAAGCAAACAAUUCUAUUGUUUCUUUUUCUCAUAUUUCCCAUUCUUAUAAAUUUAUUGAACCUGGAUUGCAUUGUUUCCUUAGUAGUCCAAUUGCUCUUACCUCCUCCUUCAACUCUCCUUUGUGUACUUAUACUUUUUCCCUCAUUGUUUAUUAGGUAAAAGUGUGCGUAAACAUUGGACUGAAGAGACCACGCCCCUUUUGUUUUAUUCCUUCUACUUUAUCUUUCUUGUCAUCUGUUUCUCUCAUCUUUAACAUAUGUAUACUUUUUGUUCAGGCAGCUAUACACGUUAUACACUUAUCUAUCUAUUGUUAAAAAAGAAUUCGACUUUUAUAAUAGCGAUGGUGAUUACCAUACUCAUGUUAAGAUAAUCUGAGGUAGGCAAGUUAACUCUUCAUUUUAUCUUUCAUAUCGUAACUUUUUCCCGCAUUCGCUUUCUUUUGUUGCGGUGGUUGCCACGUUCUCUUUUCCUGUUCAACCCCCUCUCAGUGUUGCUUGUUUGUGUUAUUUAAUAUUUCUUUUCACUGUUAUCAUAACUAUCACUACUACUAGUAUUAUUAUUAUUAUUAUAAAUGACUGAAGAAAAACGAAAAAAUAAAAUGAAUUUUGUGAAUAAAUUUAUCGCUUUGAUUUCUUGAAGAAAGUACUGAACUCCCUGAUAUGUACAUAGUUUUAUGCAUGUUUUUGUUUGUGUAAGUGAUCAUUCUUCCGAAAGAAUCCAUGAUUAAAAUUACUGAAACAUUUGAUAUGACUGAGGUAGUAAAUUUCUUUGGGGUUGUUAUUUCCACCAGUAACCAACUAAUUGAAUAUAUGCUAAUUAAUUCAAAUUCUUAGUUAUGCAAACUAUAUAAUCAACAAUUUCAGGUCGGUGAUUAUCUGAACUCUGUAGCUAAGUAAAGAAUGCGUCGAAGUUUUGGGGCAAAUGGUACUGGGUCUGUGUUCAGUUAUCAGAAUGACUGUAGAUACAUCUAACUGAUGAAUUCCACUUGAAACUAAACCCGUGACCUGGAUUUCGCUACUAACCACUAUCAGAACUAUUCAACCAGUAUAUUACAAUUUGUUGCACGUAAAAGCGAUUAGCCAGUGACUUUUUACUUUUGCUCAUCAUAGAUUUUUAUAUUGUCAGAGUAUCCGUUGAUUAUGAUUGCGAUAUUUGGUUUGAGGCUAUAGUUCAAAAACUUCACAUGGAACAUGACGUAUGAACCUCGUGUUGGUCAUCGGCUACCAUGGGUCUACAUCUGACGUUGCUCCAAUGCUUUGUGGAUCAGACCUUUAGGUCGGAGGGUCCGAGUGUGGCCCUCUAAGAAAACCACCUGCUUCGAUCUGGGAACCCGGACAAUAUUGCAGCUCACACACAAAUCAAGUGACUUCUGUGGCGCAUAUGUAUUCAGUGCCCCUUUGUUUAUGUGUUUAAAUAAACAAAUGAUAAAUGAUCUCAAAAGGAAAGUAAUUUGUGAAGAUCACUAAUACUCAGGUACAUAGGUCUAUAACUGACCCUGUGAAAAUUUGUGUACAUCUACGAAUUUGGUCACAGAUGUCUUUGAAGUUUUAUUCGCAUAUUUUCGGACCACUUGGAGUUGAACUCAACUUACUAACCAAAAACGGUAAGGUGGUUAGUAAUGUUGUGAAUCUUUGUCGAUGGAGGUGAUUAGAAUUUAUAUUGCUUACACCUGACCACUGCCUACCUCUACGCAUGAUAUUUAAUGGUCUAGGAGUAAAUUGGAAGAAAGUUAGGCGCUCUCAAACGAUGAUAUAUUAUAGUUCAUGAAGUCACUGACUUUUGAGUUGAACUAUGCUGCUAGAUGGGGGCUAUGUGGUUAUGGUUCAUGUAGUUAUCGUAAACUUCAGAUGUUUGGUGACUUAGCUAAGCAUCAGUGAUGCAGAUAUAUUCACUCUUGAUCUUCCUUUAGAUUCUGAGUUCUAGGAUUAUGUUAUACGUUUUAUUCCACAAACCAAUUCUUUUUUCAAGUUAUAUACUCUAAUUCUAAUACUUUUGGACUAUCACUUAUACUACAACCACUUCGGUAUUCACCUCCAUAAUGUGAUUCCGUUGUGGUAAUAUGGUGUGGCAAUUUCCAUCCAUGCCAGGCUUUAUGUUUAUUAUGACUGACUGGUCAUCCGAUUCAUUUAUUUAAACACAUAAACAUUGGUACAAGGAAGCUUCAAAUCUAUAUGCGCCACACUUCAUUCGAUUUUUGUAAGGGAUGUGAUAUUGUUCGGGUGCUUUUUUGCCAUGUAUACUGUGAGCAAUUACUUAGACACGAAGUUGACUGAAUACGUAGAACAUAUUAAAAAUCUCAUGAAUUUCCAAAACUUAAAGUAUAUUGGACUGGUUCGAUAAUAUCUUUUUGUUCGUCUCUAAAUGCAUAUUUGUUACUCUAACUUCUCUCUUCUUAUCAUCACUACGAUAUAUUCGUUUUCUAUCGAAAUUAAUCAUCUGAGGCCUAAAUAAAUAGUCCUGUUGUGUUUAAUCUGCAUGUCAUUAGGUAAUGAUGUCAUUCACGUUUAUAAUGUGAGUCUAACUUCAUUCUUUAAUCCACAUUAGGUUAAUCGGCUAUGUUAGAAAGAUACCUAUUAUUGGCACUACUAACAACUGAAUCAUUACUGUUAAAACCUACACUGAAUACAUAAUCUUCAUAAAGUAGUUCAUAAUAACCCACUUGUAUUCAUACUGGUUGUGAUAUUUGUACUAUCUUACUAAUCUGUACAGCUUUAUGAAACGUACCCUGAUCAAGUGAUACUGUCUUGAUUCUCCUUUUUGUUCGUAUGAUUACUAUCAAUAUUUAGGACACUAAGAUCGAUUGUUUCAUAUCGAUCGUUUUUUAGAAAUUCUCAACAUAGAAAUAAAGUGCUGCUCCGUAAAUAUUAAGUUUUUAGUAUAUUAGUCAUACUGUUAACUCUUUCAAAAAACUUAAGUAGUAAAAAUCAAUCAGGACAUUAGCUACUCCCUAAUUAUCGGCCCGGACAAUCAUAAACAAAUUAGGACCUGGUACAAAUGUCCAUUUUUUCAAGUUUCCUCAACAGCAGCGUAGUGAUAUGAAAUUGAUAAAAUGACUUCCAAAGUUGUGGUAGUAGUAGUAUAAGCGAUUGUACAGAAAAUAUUAAAAUGAGAGGAUGUGAUCCUAUAAAAUGAUACUGAGUUUUCAUCUGAGGGUAGACAAGGGAAAAUUAUGUCUGCACCCCUCCGACCUAUUAUAUUACACAUCUCCAACUAUUGUUCACUGUUAUCACCAUGUUAUCGGUUUGCAUAAAUAAUAUUAACAUUGACUACUGAAAACUGCUAUGUCGACUCACUUAAUCUGAUAAAAUAUUGGUUAUGAUUGACAAGGUCGAACUGAUAACUUUACUCAUGGUAUUUAUCGUUAAAUAUCGAGCAAAUAGAUUUUAAAAGAUAGAAGUACUAGAUGACUUAAAAAGUGUGUGGUUAUAUAUGUUAAGGAAUCAAGACCAUUAUUUAUUUGUACGAAACAUUUAACUCAAGUAUUAUGCCUGUUAGUUACUUCGUAUGAAAUGUGUUCAAUACACUGAUUACUCUAUCGUAUAAAACUAUCUCUAAUUCACCUGUCUAACUACCAAGUAAACUGAGACCUGUCCAAAAGUUAUUGUUAUUUAGAUUUGUAACUUUACAUUACGAACUGAAUUUAGUGAGAUAACAAUUGAAAAUAAGAGGCGCUGGGUGGAUGUUUCACCCGAGCAUAGGACUCAUUAGUAGUGCAAUCCAUAGCUCUACCAGGGAUCGAACCCAGGAAUUUAAGGUCUCGUGGCGAGACAUUAAACUUUCAAACUAGUGAGUUGGAAUCCAACAGUUUGCGUCUUUAACUCCAGUCAACUAGCGAUAUUCUGAGAUCACUCUCCAUUACCAAUGGUGAUAUUUGUCGCAUACUUAAUAUGAUUGAGUUCCACUGCUUAUUACUACUUUAUAGGAC